CAGUGAGUUUCGCGUGGCAAAAACAAAGUGGAUGACCGAAUUGCUGAAAUAAAUUAUCAUGCUUACUGAUAUUUCGUUGAACAGAGUGAGAAACCUGUGAUUGUGUUGGUGUAUGUGAUCAUCAUGGAACAGGGGAUCCGCUGGCGUACUCGAGCGUACCGGUGGAGUUAGUCGAGGCCACAGCCUUUUGAAAUAGAUUACCGUAGCAGCGAUGGAGACAGUAUCAGAGACUGGGGUACAACCCCUAAAUCAGCAUGAUAAAGACGUAACUGAAAGUGAUAAAGACCCAGUGGAAGAACGGAGAGAGGAAGACGGUUUUCUUGAGAUAAAAGAUGAAAAAUGUAGUGACAGUGACGCUCACAGUGAAGAUCUUAGCUCUAAUGAUGAACAAAGUAAUGUAAUCAGUAGUAGUAACUCUCAGUUUUAUGAGAGCAGUGACAGUAAAAUAGACUAUGCGGUAAAAAUAGAUGACAAUGAUACAUUAAGUGACAUAGACGAUAUCAAAACAGACAGUGCUUCAGCUGACAGUGAAGAUUCUGCUCUAGGUAGUCUUCCACCAGAUAGUGCUCUCAAUGAUAGGGAAGAAGAAGCUCAAGAUCGGUCAGAAGGUAGCGAUUCAGGCCUAGGAUCAGAAGUUAAUGAUGAUGUGAAAAUACCAAGCUUCAAUCUUGCUCUUCCUUGCACUUCUAGCCUAAACAUUGUCAAGUCAUCAGAUGAAUUGGACAACAAAAAUGAUAACUUUAGUAGCAGCAAUAGUAGUAAUAAUAUCACUAGUAGUGAGAACAAUGUAGAUAAUGGCCAUAAUUCCGUAGCACAAGUUAAGCCUCUCAAAAGUAGUCUUAAGAGAAAAUGUAGUGAUAAUGUUAACGAGCCACCUACUAAGAAGCGGAAAGACAGUAUAACAUUCGAUAAUGUUACAGUAUUCUACUUCCCUAGAGCCCAAGGAUUCUCAUGCGUCCCGUCGCAAGGAGGCUCCACGUUAGGAAUGGAAUGGGAACAUUCUCACAUACAAAAAUUUACUCUAGCUGAACAUGCUUUGGAGCAGAGAAGGUUACACAGACAAAUAUUGCAGCAGCUGAAGAGUGAACGGCAUUCGUUACAAGGCGUAUCACUAUCCUCCAGUGAAGACAGUGAUACCGAAGAAGAAACGAGUGAUAUUUCUGAAUCCGAGCUUGACUUAGAUAGUUACUUUUUCUUACAACCGGUUCCUACAAGGCAGAGGAGAGCUCUGUUACGUGCGGCCGGAGUAAGAAAAAUAGAGGGAUAUGAAAAAGAUGAAUGUAGAGACAUAAGAACAUCGCGUGAAUUCUGCGGUUGUGCUUGUAAAGGAACUUGUAACCCGGAAAAUUGUUCAUGCAGCUUAGCUGGAAUUAAAUGCCAAGUCGAUCGAUUGAACUUCCCCUGUGGAUGCACAAGAGAUGGGUGCGCCAAUACUACAGGGCGGAUAGAAUUUAAUCCAGUAAGAGUGCGGACGCAUUUCAUCCAGACUCUAAUGAGAAUAGGUCUGGAGAAGAAAAAUGAAGAGAAUCAAGAGGCUGCUAAGAGGCAAUGGCUAGAGGCCCAUAAUAACUCUACAUCUUGUUCGUCAAAUUCAUCGUAUGAGAGAGAGCGGUGUCUUAGUCACGAAGAUGGUAUGUUACGUGAUGUGAGCCUUACCCCGAGGGUGGAAGUUGAAUCUUGCGUCAAUACGGGAAGUUUUAAUAAUGUUCAUUGUGAUAUGAACAAUUCUACACAGAAUAGUGACAUGUCAUAUGGCUAUAGAAGCGAGCCUUCUAACCACAAUAAUGUAAAUGACGGCAGCAUCAUGCACUUUGAGAAUACAAACAAUCAUCACAGCCACAGUGACCCUUACACGUCAAACAUACUCCAAGGCAAAGGCCCUCCUUACUCGGCGGCCAACACCAUGGGUUUUGACUCCAUAUCAAAUAACAUGCAGCGUUUCCCCUGUGAUCUCAAUUAUGGAUAUGAACAGCAAACGGAACAUCAUUUCAAAGGCCUGCAAACUUUCUCAGCUACCAGUUUUGAGGAGUUUGCCCACAGCUCUCAGAUGACCAUGUUUAGUCAUUAUGGCCACAUGUACGUACCAGAUUACUUGCAUAAAUCCACGGGAAAUGUACAUGAACACGCUUCAAUGCAGUACCAUGGUUCACAACAUAAUCAUUAUGGAAUGUACAAAAACAGUUCAGAUUGUAUAAAUAAUGACAACAAAAGUGAUACUCAUUAUACUACUCUAAUGACAUUGCCAUAUCAAGCUAGUAAUAGGAUGCAAGCUGUAGAAAAUGAUGAGAACUGGUUCAGUCACAACACGUUGCUGAGCUUGGACCACGCGGACCAGACCACGCAGGAUGCCUCGGACUCACAGUCUCAGUCUGCCGAGACGCCAACGGAAAGCAAUAAUACCGAGACUACGGAAAAUUUCGGUGAACUUAUUAAAAAAACUAUGGUAGAAUCUGUUACUGUGUAGAUGAAUUACUUGUUGUAUUUUAAUCAUCUUAAUUAUCAUGUUAUGAAAUUUUUAAUUAUAUUAAUUGGUAAACUCAA